AUGGCCUCUCGAGAGCUUUACAGCAGCAAGAUCAGCGAAGACUUUCCAGCUCGAAGCUCGCCGCAGGAUUACUUCGCGGAGAGAUGCUGGAACCUGCAGUCUAGCGCCGCCGCAACACCGCACUCGAAGAAGACACCAGCUACAAUGGCAAGAGUACUCUUGUUUUCGGCCAGAGCACUGGGGGACCUUGUGGACGUCGAAAGUUACUACACGAAGCGCCUGUACGAAUCGUCAACCGUGGAAGUUUCAAGCGACGAAAUGAAUCGCACGCCAACUACAACUUGCGACAACAUUGGAGCUGGCUCGACCCGUCUUUGCGCAGGGUCAUAA